AUGUCUUCUUCUUCACAGCACACGCCCCCAGAGUCACAAUCUGGACAAGGAAAUGACCGCAGAUGGUCUGCAUUUGAGAGUAUUAACACUUCAAAUCCAUCUAACAAUAUAUCUGAUAACUUACCUUUAACAGAAAAUACGAUACAGCCCGCAUCUAGCAAUCCUUUUCGAACAUCUGUUAACUCUGAUAUUGAUAAAAAGCCAGUGUAUAAUUUGAUGCAUUCUGAAGGCCAGCAGAAAUCAAAUAGUUCACGUCUUUUAUAUACCCAUUUCCCAGUCCCGUUUUCAGACUUAAACAAUCCAUCCUUUUCUGAAUCAGCAAAUAAUAUGCAAAAUACUUUCAAAUCAAAUACAGAUAUGGCACCUCCACUUCCUCCAAAACUUCAAAUUAAUACAGACCCGGUUCCUUCUGUGCCACCUUUGUUUUUAGCAAGAAAAUCAUCAGCUUUGCCAACAAACGAUACAAAAGCAGAUAAUGUUCAGUUGCCAAAACAACCACCACUUGAAUCGCAACCAGCAUCUUCAUCCCAAAACACAGUUGUAUCUAACACAACGACGGUGGAGCAUCCAUUUCAUAUUCCUCGCAAACCUAUUAGCCAUCAAACUAAAACUAGUAAUCAUGUUAAGCGACAUUCGAUUGCUGGCUCUAUUGUGCAAUCAAAUUUUGGUCAAGCCCCUACUCCAUCUCAGCCCCUGUUUUAUGCACCACAAAAUCAUACUGGCCAAGAUGACACGAAUUCGAUACAUCAGGAACAGCAACAUAGCAUUCCGCCAAGAUCAUCACCACAGCCUUUGGGCAGUGCUCCUCCACCUCCUCUUCCUUCUUUUUCUGGAACUCUUUCAUCCUCUGGGUUUGAAACUCAAUCUAGACCUGAACAGAAUUAUACCAGCAAUGACAAUUAUCUAAAAAUUGUUUAUGGUCAAGAGCAACAACUGCCACAACAUCCUCCUGAUCCUGGGAAUUUAAGAAGUAAAACAUCGAUUGCAAGAAGGUAUUCGCGUUCUAAUGAUUAUACUCGACAUGAUAUAUCUCCUGAAUCGCUUCCGGAUUUCCAAGCUGCCGAAAUCAAAAAAAUUGAAAAACUUUUAAGAAGACAUUCACUUCUUUCAAAUCCUGCCUCGUCGUCAGUUUCCCUUCCAGUUCCUCCGCAAAUGACUAAUCAAAAACAGUUGAACACUCUUCUUCCAGGACUUAAUGUACCUCAAAAUACCGAAAAUCGACGCCGGUCUUGGGCACCAUCAACUUCAACUCCAUUUAUCCAGGAGGAAUUUCAAAAUUGCGCUGGCGCAGACAAGAAGUUACAACAUGACCAGUAUUUCGACGCAGAGAAAUUGAAUGUCUCAGACCUUAAUAACCCUCCAGCAAAAUUAGAAGCAAUUCCACCACCUUCCCCUUCUUUUGCUCUAUCUUCUUCUCCAACAACACCAACCCCAGGGAACUUGGACGCUGGUUUUUUAUCAAAUAUUCCAAUCAUUUCAGUAGACUCCAUUCGAACCGAACCCUCUUCUAGACCAGUGAGUCUAGUAAUUCCAUCCGGUAAUAGCAACAAUAGUAGUAGUAGAAGUACCACACCCACUUCCUCAUCAGCUUUGUCACCUACUGACAUGUCAAACUCUCCAUUCAGUUUUGGAAACGGUCUAAACACGGAGUUUGUACCUUCUACCACUAGCACAGUGACUCAAGAAACACCAGUAGUAUCUCCUACAAAUACUUCUACCAAUACUUCUACCGAUACUUCUACCAAUACUUCUACCAAUACUUCUACCAAUACUUCUACCAAUACUUCUACCAAUACUUCUACCAAUACUUCUACAAAUACUUCUACUAAAUCUUUUAUUCCUCCCAUUCCAAAAAUUACCUAUAACUACAUGACAUCCUCUACAAUAAAUUCUGUUCUACAACGUGCACCUUCGGCGCCUGAGGCUGCAAUCUCAUCCGCUGCUCGUCGUCAUUAUCCUUCAGUUGACCAACUUCCUCCACCUCACAACCCUAAUUUGGCUCACCGAAGAAUACCAAGCAAUAGCAAUAUAGGAAUUGGAAGAGCUGCUUCUACCUCAGCUACUCUAACAAAUAAUCCUUUGGCACCAUCUUUUCCCGCACCACCACCUCCAGGUAGCAACAACAGCUCCAACUCUGUUCGACCAAAUACGUCCGGUGCUGCUUUAGAAUCCUCUUUGAGCAGAAACUCCAGUGUAUCGUCUAGCAAUGCAGAUCGGCCAUUCGAUGCUCCAUGGGAUUCCGACAAUACAAAACCUGAACUAUACAAUAUUUCAGUUAAACAAAACAGUGGUGCCUGGCACGAGUAUUGGAAUAUUCCAAUAGAAAAACUCAGCGAAUUCAAUGAGUAUGAUGUUCAAUAUCAAAGCGAGUUGCAUAGUUUUGUUCAGCAAGAAGAAAAUUAUGUUAACGGUCUACACGUGUUUCUCGAUGUUUUUUGCGAUGAUAAACUUGCAGAUACCAUUGAUUCAAAUUCUACGCGUAAAAAAUUUGUUGAUUCGUUAUUCGAACCUUUAAAGGAACUUGUUGCAGUCAACAAUCAAUACUUGCUUAUGCCUUUCAUUAAACAGCGAAUGACGCAUAAUCAUAUUACACCUGAACAACCCGAGCCAAACCCAUUUUUAGAUUUCCUUGUACCAAACGUUCUUGAAUGGCUGGACAAAGUGAAAACACCAUUUUUGAUUUUUGCAAAAGAAUUCCCUCUUGCCGACAGCAUAACUAAGGAACAAAUGGAAACAAAUGAAAACUUUAAAUCUUUUCUGAAUUCUGCACAUGAGAGAGCACAACAACAUAGUGGCAAAGACUUCAGCUCGCUAAUGCACAGUACUCGUAUUCGAUUUGGUCUUUACAAAUCACAUUUUGAAAAAUUGGCCAAGCUUUUAACAAAAAAACAAGGAUCUGAAAAUGUUAAUGCUCAACAACUUCUUAAAGAUAAGGAUACAAUUGAGGGAUUAAAGUUAUGUGUUGCAAAAAUUGAUGUCCUCAUGAAAGAACUUAAUGAAAUUCAGAGGAAUGAAGAAUCGCGACUCUUAAUGCAACGCUAUGAACAAAUCUUUAAGUUUAAGUACCCAGAAGACCAAAUUUUGCUUAACUUUGUACAUCAUACUCAGGUUGCCGAAAAGCAAGCGUAUCGAAAGAAGAAAAAUGGCUCAUGGGACACACAUCUUAUCACAAUUAUUCUACUUGAUCAUUUUCUUUUUCUUGUUAAAAAGAUUUCAUACAAUGAAUGGCAAGUUCUUGAACGACCAAUUCAUAUGGAUUUGUUGCGUCUAGAGAGUCUACAAGAUCCUCCUAUUUACAAAAACACAGGUGCUGCUGUUAUUGCAGCUGUAAGACGGCAGCCUACACAUGCAGCUGCAGGACAUAUGCCCCGAUCUGCUAGGCCAGCUUCUCUUUCACAAUACACACCACCUCAACACAAACCCAGCGUUUCUAGUGUUUCUAGUAGUGGCAGUAGUACUAUGAGCCAGGGACAGUCAUUGACUCCAGUGCAGACUCAAAUGACAGAUAGUAGUAUCAAUUCUCCAGUACUCAAUGGAGUUGACCAUAGUGUUCCAAUUACACCUUCCACGCCUUCAUUUAAAUCAACAGGAUCGACCUCUUCUUUGACUUCUUCACCAUCAGGUUCUUCAGUAUCAUCGCCUACCACUACCACGUCUUCAGUACAAUUUUCAGAUGUAGGCUCUCCAUCUUCUUCUUCUUCGCCAGCACCUCUUGCAUUAAAAACUUCAGCUCCAGCUCAUGCAAUGGUUGUCGAUUUAGCUCCUAAGCAAAAUGAUAAACUAAUAUACCCUGUGAGGAUACGUAAUAUUGAAAAUGACCACAAAUGUCGGGUUGCUUUUGAUAGACCACAAGAUCGCAAGAAUUUCAUUGAUUUACUUUUGGAAACAAAAGCAAAGUAUGCCCAAUCACAGCUACAUCAUCAUAAAGUCCCUCUCGGUCUGAAAGUUCUUGAUCAGUCAUCUUUCCCUUACACUGAUAUAUCAGAAACAUUGCCUCCAACAGUUUUCACUUAUGGAGAUGUUGUUGAUACUGCUCUUGAAGAAGCUGGUGGAUUUGUUCGCUCCACUCCUGUUAAAGGGUCUGGACCUAACGGACUAAUUAAUGUCAAUUGUGCUCUUGACUACUCAUACAUGAAUGAAGAUGUAACAUUUAUUGGCACUUCUCUUGGCCUUUACUGUGCUCGACACACUAAGUCUUCAACAGGAAAACUUCAACCAUUGAAAUGGCGGAUUCCAGUACAGCUUCCCAACGUUACACAUAUUGAGAUUUGCGAUCCAGCUCUUUUUAUUUUGUCAAACAAUCGUUUGGUAUAUCUCAAACUUAAUGAAAUUUUAGUAGAUUUGCUUUCGCCGCAGGAUCGGCAAACUCAGUCUAUUAUUUCUUCGCCAGUUCUUGUUAGCGAUAGCGUUGAGUGCUUUCAUACUGGUGAACUUGGAGGUCAAAACUACCUAUUUUACGCUAACAAAUCAACUAAAGGCCUUGAGAAAACUGAUGUUUUUGUUUAUGAGAUUACAAAAAAUGGACCACGCGAGUCUCAACGUAAAGGAUUUUCACGGUUAUUUAAGGGUCAUGAUUCUCCAUUUGCUGAAGUACUUCAAAAACCAACUCUUAUUGCCCAUGAACUUUUUUCCCCUACAAAAAUACAUGGUUUCAGUUUUUUUGGUUCGUACUUUUUCUUCCUUACCAAUAACUCAUUCGAUCAUCUUAAACUUAAUGUCAGAAACCCAAAGCCUCUCCCACGAACAGAUACCAUUGGCAGUGUUCUUCACAAUGCUGGCUUUUCGGAUGCUGCAAUUUCCGAUUUUAAAACACAACUUCAAAAUGCACGCACAAUAUCAGUCUCAUUUAUGCAUUGGGAUCGGAAACCGUCUCAGGGACAACCUUCAUCUGCUCGAAGUAAUAGUUAUGUUAGUGUUACCAGUGCUGAAAGCCGUAACAGCAUUAGUUCAGGAUCGAAUACUGCUCCUCCUACUAACAAUCAGCCGAACUUGAUUCAUUGUUUCCAUAAGUUUGCUGUAAUGUCAGUCCGAAAUGGCGAUCUAUAUGUCCCUCCUGGCCAUGGUGCUGGUAGUGCUGGAAGCGGAAUGGGUGCUUGUAAGCCGUUCCGACUUCAAUAUUUGCACAAAAUUGAAAGUGCAUAUCUAUGGUACCCCUAUUUACUGCUAUUUUCUCCACAAUUGAUUGAGGUACGAUUAGUGACAGCACAUAAUUUGAGCCAAUCUCUUGUUCAGGUCAUUACUGGUCGCAAUAUCAAAUUGCUUACUUGUAGUCGCUCUAGCCAACCUCCUGUUCACAGCGGAAGUCAUUCUUGUGGGUCUCCACGAAUCAUAAUCUCCAUGGCGCACCCAGAUCCUAGUAUUCAUACCACAGUUAUUAUGGAGAUUGUACGUAACCAUGGUGUUAGUCCUACUGAAAAGAAUCUCCGAGGCAGUUUGUUUGACUUAGGACAAUACUAG